AGAGUUUCCUAAACCCACGUGGGAGAAGCGCUCAAGAUGCUACGCCGCGAGGCUCGCUUGCGCCGCGAAUACCUGUACCGCAAGGCCCAAGAGGAAUCCCGGCGAGCGGCUCACAGUAGGAAGGAGCGACUCCGGCUCGCGCUCCAAGACAACCGCCUGAUUCCCACCGAUUUACGCCAGGAGGCUCUAGCCUUACAGGGAUCCCUGGAGUUUGAUGAUGCUGGUGGUGAAGGUGUAACUAGCCACGUAGAUGAUGAAUAUCGAUGGGCAGGGGUUGAGGAUCCCAAGAUUAUGAUCACCACUUCCCGAGACCCCAGUUCCCGCCUCAAGAUGUUUGCAAAGGAGCUGAAGCUGGUGUUCCCAGGUGCGCAGCGCAUGAACCGAGGCCGGCAUGAAGUUGGCGCACUGGUGAGAGCCUGCAAAGUCAAUGGAGUCACCGACCUGCUGGUUGUUCAUGAACACCGUGGCACACCUGUGGGGUUUAUUGUCAGCCACCUUCCCUUUGGCCCCACUGCGUACUUCACUCUUUGCAACGUUAUCAUGCGGCAUGACAUCCCUGACCUGGGCACCAUGUCAGAAGCCAAGCCCCAUCUAAUUAUGCACGGCUUCUCCUCUCGCCUAGGCAAGCGGGUCUCUGACAUUCUGCGGUACCUGUUCCCUGUCCCCAAAGAUGACAGCCACAGGGUUAUUACUUUCGCGAACCAGGAUGACUACAUUUCAUUCCGGCACCACAUCUACAAGAACACAGAUCCCCGAAAUGUAGAACUGACUGAAGUCGGGCCUCGCUUUGAGCUGAAGUUGUACAUGAUUCGCCUGGGCACGCUGGAGCAGGAGGCCACAGCUGAUGUCGAGUGGCGCUGGCAUCCAUACACCAAUACUGCACACAAGAGGGUCUUCUUGAGUGCUGAGUGA